AUGGGGCAUAUCAAGAAAUCCAGAGCACCACGGUCACUGACCCACCUCACUAAUUAUUUCUUCUUUGACCACCCAGUGUCGACAGAAGAGGUGCGGGCCCACCCGUUCACUGACGUGACCCUCGAGUGCGAGUUCUCUUUUAUAGAGAGCACGGAAAAUCUCGAGUUCUACUGGGAAAGGGAAGACAUUAUAGAGGAAUAUGAAGCAGAAGAUCGGGAGUUUUACCGCUUUUUCAGAUACUACGACUUCUUUCAAGUUUUCACGAAGGUGGUUUACCAGUUUUACGACAACGCAGAGCAGCUUGAAGAUCAAAACGCCUUAUACGAGGGGAGAGUCUCUGUGGACCAGAGUGAGAUUUCUGAGGGCAUUCUGUCCCUACAACUACGAAAUGUGGAUUUCUCGGACGAAGCUGUGUACAAGUGCUCAGCUGUCACCCCCAAUGGGCGAGGGGAGACUAAAGUCAAGCUGAUAGUUGAAGAUUCUGAAAUGCCCCAGGUGAGGUUUGACAAGAUUGAUGAUGAAGAUGUCGUGACAUGCACAUCCAAGGGCUGGUACCUGACACCCAACGUGACCUGGUUGGACCGGGGAGAGAGGGACCUGAGCAACCACAGUACGGUGGAGAUCCUGGAGGAGCAGAUGAAUGGUUUAUACAGAGUGUACUCUGUCCUCAGAUACCCAGUCAAGCUAAAUGAGAAGUAUGUCUGCCACAUCUCAGAGACGAACGAAAACAACCGGCCCAUGAGAUCCAUCCGGAGGUACCCAAAGAAAAGAUUUGGUGACCGUGACUACUAUUAAAAGAUUUGAAUGAAUGGUCCGGAGAAACUGCUGUGCCUCUAGUCAGCGGAGCACCUGGUUUCUCUUGUUUUUCUUAUUCUGGAAACAUAUUGAUCAAAAACUUAAAACAAAACAUACACAAACAAAAACAAAGAGACAGUCACUGCAGAGUGUUACAU